GCCAAAUGUCUGGUCUUUUUCACAAUGCAUGUUGUUACCCAUGCAGCUCGCAUCGAAGCCAAAGAAUUACCCAGAACAUCAAUGGCCUUUGAUCCUUCCGCCCCAGCAAGCACGAGCGGUUGCACCACCACAGAUGGGCUUUGGAGGAAAGUUUGGUCCACGAGGUCUGUUGCUCAGUUGCUUCCUUCUGCGACCUGAACGAGUCAAUCGGUACCGCAGGUGGCAGGUGCCGCGACACCAAGCUUUAUUUGUAGGUGGUGUUCCGCCGGAGAUGGCUUCGCAGGAGAUAGAAGAGCACAUGGGAAAGUACGGCGAGGCGAGAGUUGUCAAGCGAUGCAGAGGCUAUGUCUAUGUGCGCUUAGAAGAUCCGGAGGUCAGGUGGCAUGCGACUGCUGGUAGUUCUACUGGGUUGUUUCUAAUUGAAGUAAAAACCAAUGAACAUCAUGUAAGGAGAGCACAUGCCAUAUGCCACCUAUGCGGCUUGAGCAGGCAAUGGUACUGCAAAGUCGAUCCUGAGUACCCACCGCGUGUGCGACUUCUGAUGGAUGGGGUGGUACACAUUGAGAACAUGCUGUCGAUGGAACUGCAGAUGAACCUUGUGCAGCAAGUCAUGUCACUGGGUGGUGGCAGCGCUGGCUUUUACACCCCACGGUUUGAGGGGCGCGAGAUGAAGCUGCAAACCUUUUGCCUUGGACGUCACUGGGACACCCGAAGUCAUGAGUACUGUGAUGCUCGACUGGACCAUGACAACUUGCCCGUGUUGGCCUUGCCAUCAAACCUCUCGGAGCUGGCUCAGGGAAUAUUGUCGGACUUGGAUCAGAAGUGUGGUGAAGUAAUCUUUCCCAAGAUGGAGCCAGAUACCUGCAUAGUGAAUCAUUAUUCUGCAUCUGGUUCCCUCGGUCUCCAUCAAGACUCAGACGAAAGCGAGGCAAGCAUUUCAGCUGGUAUUCCGGUUCUGUCCAUGUCCUUUGGCUGCUCUGCCCGCUUCUUGUUCGGCGACGAUGGCAACUCUCUUCGCAGUACAAUGCUCCGCUCGGGUGAUGUUUUCAUUUUUGGGAACUCGGCCCGUUUGCUGCAGCAUGGCAUUGCCAAAGUCUUUCCCAGGACUGUGCCCAAGCGGCUCAAGGAGAUCCUCAAGGGACGGCUGAACCUGACUUUACGACAAACCGAAGUAGACUGAAAGAGAAUGUUCAGAUCUGUGCAUUUGAAAGUCGGACAGAGGAUUGGCUACAUCCAAAAGCAAAUUUCUGAUUGCAUUCUCUGACUGGAAUCUGAUGAUGGCCUGGUAUCCGGUGACUGAUGUCAGAGCCGAAGACCCCGUGCUGACUUGCUCACUGCCUCAAUGCGCUGUCCGAACAGAGUACCCUGUAGACAAGGUGAUCACGUCGAAGCAGCUGAAGGCGUUCUUUUGACCAUGUCGAAAAUGGCAGGUCGCUCAUGAUGGAUUGUGGCGCCUCCAAUGCUGGUGGAAAA